AUGCAGUGGACCUCGUCGAAAUGCCGAGGGCCUUCCUCGUCCACGUCUCCGUCUAGGUUUUUCCGGCGAGCGGUCGCGUUUGCACCGCGCAUUCGUCCACAUCUGCCUUUCAUCCAUCGAAGACCCGACGAUGAGCUGAAACAAACAUCAAAUUGGAUUUCACGCGCGGUGCGCGACGAGGAUUUUGCGAUUUUUCGAUUCACUUUAGGCAUACCCGGUAUCGAUGAUGACGAAAUUCCGCGCGUUGUGGGUUUCUUAUGCACUUCUCUAGUUUUGUUCAACCAUGUAGAUUCGGUUCAUCCGCCAGAGGCUCAGACUUGCACAGAACUGAUUGCAUUCUUGCUGGCACUCGCAUGUUCCACCGCACCCUCACUAGGACGAAGACUCUCCGAGGCUACGCCGCACUCAGUGCAUCUCAGUAAAAUAGAGGACGAGGUGUUUGCUCUGUCGCAAACCAUUUCUGAUGUGGCAAAGGCAGAUAUGGCUUGGGCUACAUAUGCACUUCUGACGCAAACAAAUGCUGGAGGCGUGCUCGUGAUUGGAAACGAUGAGCCUCGUGUACUGUGCGCCCGCGGUCAUGUGCAAAGUGCGAAAGGAACUGCUAACAGGAGUGGCAGCGGCGAAAAUAUCAUAUGCUCACUGACUUCAAACAUUAGGGAUUCUGAAUUAAUGGAAGUUGCAGAGAAAAUUUAUCUUUCGGAUCGAAGGUCGAUCGAUAUGGCUGGAGCGAACAUGUGGAAACUCCUACCAUGGGGUACUGAGUCGGUGUUCAUGCAGCUUGGGAAUGGAAACUUGCGCGUUGUGCUCUUUUCAGAACAGCCAAGAGCCUUUUCAAAAAGGCAGCGGGACUGUGUGGCUGCCAUUGCGAACAAACUAUGUCCAAACUCGUAUUGA